UAUAAGAAACCAAAAUGUCCCCAUUUGGCCGAACAAGAAAAUCAAUUUCCAAACUUAUCUCCAUUCGUUCUGCCCAUUUAUUUUAUAGUUUUCUGCAAACUCAGCAGUAUGUGAAGUCCACUUUCCUGUCCAAAGUCCCACAGUUAUUGGACAUCAUCACUGAAUCACUCUUCUUCCGGAUUCUACAAUGCUCCAUUAAAGAUUAAUCCCAUUCUCAUUUCUCGCAAAACCCACCAAAAUUUCUCCAUCUUUCUUGCAUUUAUCGCUCUCUUUCUUGAUCGUUCCCUUCCCUGUAGUCCUCGUUUGCUUGUUAAUACAUUGACUAGCAUAUUGAUCUUCUUUCUUGAAUCAAUCAUCAAGAACAGAUUUUUAUGAUGAACUUGACGUCAAAUUUUGUUUCGGGCUCUUGUGAUGGAAGAUAUGCAGUGCAGUGUUUGCUAGGAAACCAUAGAUUUGUCAAUUCUAAGGUGCUAAGUAGAAGAUGUUGCUCUUUCAGGGAUUUUAGGAAACGGAUGCUGCGAGUUUACUGCGAGUCUACGACUACAGAAAUGCAUAUCAGAAAGUGUUCGCCUUUUCUUGAAAGUGUGCUGCUUUGUGGGAAUGGUGUGGUGUCAUCUACUGAGUGGAAAGCUGUUCCUGACAUUUGGCGGACCUCAGCAGAAAAAUUUGGUGAUCGUAUAGCAUUAGUGGACUCCUAUCAUGACCCUCCUACAAAUAUGACUUAUAAACAGCUGGAGCAGGAAAUCUUAAACUUCUCUGAAGGCCUUAGAGUCAUUGGAGUGAAGCCAGGUGAAAAGAUGGCACUCUUUGCUGAUAAUUCAUGCCGUUGGCUUGUUGCAGAUCAAGGUAUUAUGGCUACUGGAGCAGUCAAUGUGGUGAGAGGUUCAAGAUCUUCAGUUGAUGAACUUUUCCAGAUAUACAGCCAUUCUGACAGUGUUGCGCUUGUGGUUGAUAAUCCUGAAAUGUACAAUAGAAUUGCGGAUGCUUUCAGUUCCCAGGCCACCUUACAAUUUGUGAUUCUCCUUUGGGGAGACAAAUCAAGCUUGUCAAGUGAAGUAGAGGGAUUGCCAGUUUAUUGUUACCAAGAGAUCAUUGAUUUGGGCCAUGAGAGUCGUAGGGCUUUGCUUAGCUCCCAAGAUGCUAGGCAACAAUAUGCAUAUGAAGCCAUCAGCUCUGACGAUGUAGCUACACUCAUCUAUACAAGUGGAACCACUGGCAAUCCAAAAGGAAUCAUGCUUACACAUAAGAAUAUCCUGCACCAGAUUACAAAUUUAUGGGAUAUUGUCCCUGCUGUACCUGGUGAUAGAUUUCUAAGCAUCCUUCCACCAUGGCAUGUAUAUGAACGCAGUUGCGAGUAUUUCAUAUUCACAUAUGGGAUUGAGCAAGUAUAUACAACGGUUAAAAACUUGAAGGAUGACUUGCGGCGCUAUCAGCCUCAUUAUCUAAUAUCUGUGCCUUUAAUUUACGAGACACUAUACAGUGGAAUUCAGAAGCAAUUUGCUACGAGCUCUGCAGUUCGGAAGUUUGUUGCACUUCUGUUCUUAAGGACUAGUAUGGCAUACAUGGAGGCCAAAAGAGUUUAUGAGGGAAAAUGUUUAACAAGAUCUCCAGAAGAACCAUCCUACAUAGUUGCUGUGUUGGACUGGGUAUACGCAAGAAUUAUUGCUGCAAUAUUGCUGCCACUACAUAUGUUGGCUAGGAAAAUUGUUUAUAGCAAAAUCCAUGCUGCAAUUGGAAUUUCAAAGGCUGGCAUAAGCGGAGGUGGUAGUUUGCCUUCUCACAUUGACAAAUUUUUCGAGGCAAUUGAUGUCAAAGUCCAAAAUGGGUUUGGCUUAACAGAGUCAUCUCCAGUCGUUGCUGCUCGAUAUCCUGAUUGCAAUGUUCUUGGUUCAAUUGGACGUCCUAUCCAACAUACAGAGGUUAAGGUUGUGGAUGCUGAAACAGAUGAAAUUCUUCCAGCAGGUUCGAGUGGCAUUGUCAAAGUCAGGGGGCCACAAGUGAUGAAGGGUUACUACAAGAAUUCCACCGCGACAAAGCAAGCCAUAGAUGAGAAUGGGUGGCUUAAUACUGGUGACAUUGGAUGGAUAGCACCUCAUCAUUCUUUGGGGGCAAGUCGUCAAUCUGGAGGUGUUAUAGUUCUUGAGGGGCGUGCAAAGGACACUAUAGUGCUUUCAACAGGUGAAAAUGUUGAACCAUCAGUGAUUGAAGAAGCUGCAAUGAGAAGUAGUCUAAUUCAACAAAUUGUUGUCAUUGGCCAGGAUCAACGACGUCUAGGAGCUAUUAUUGUGCCAAACAAAGAAGAGGUUAUUUUGGCAGCUAAGAAGUUGUCUAUCUUGGAUUCUGAUGCUUCUGAACUCAGCAAGGAUAAGAUGACUAGCUUGUUAUAUGAAGAGUUACGGAGUUGGACAUCCGAAUGCCCAUUUCACGUUGGACCAAUCAUCAUUGCUGAUGAACCAUUUACGAUUGAUGCUGGUCUAAUGACUCCAACCAUGAAAGUGAAGCGAGACAAAGUUGUAGCUGAAUACCAGGAACAAAUACAGAAUAUAUACAAGUGACAUCCUACCCAUAGAGUUGGAAGAACCAUUGGUCUGCAUUUACCUGUACGCAGAACUUGAAUUUGUUUUUUGAGUGUGAAAGUCUAGUCAUAUUUCGUGUUAUAAUGAUAGUGCCAGAUUUUCCAAAAUGACAACUCUGUAGACUGUAGACAGAUGAUUUUGGAUUGCAAUAUCAGCUGCUAUAGCCUUAAAUAAAA